GCCUUUCAACCUCUUUCUUUACAAAAUAUCUCCUUUUAUAUAUUCAUCUCUCUCUACACCUGCAAUCCCAUCCCCUUCCUUUAUUUCUUGAACUUCUCUUUCUUUCCACUGUUCUGCAAAUGCCCAUUUCCUCUAGUUUUGCUGCCAUGGCCAUCUAUGCUACUGAGGGUGUUGGACGAGCUCCGAGGGUUGAGAAGAAGGACAUGAUUGAAAGGCCUGAAACAUCAACAUCGGAGAAGAAGAAGGAGAAAAAGGAAGAAGAAGAAGAUAAGAAGAAAUCGAGACCAUCUGAGUCGCCAUGGUUUGCACCCGAGUUUGAUGGGCUUCAUUGUUUCGAGACUCUAGUUUCUCAUUAAUUUGCAUUUUUGUAAAAAUUUUAACUUCAAACAAUAUUCAAUUUUCAAUUAUAUACUCA